GUUCUCGCGGGACCCCGACGAGGAGCGGAAGCCAGGCGGCUGUGCUGCUUCGGCGAGCGGGCGACGGCGGCGGGCGACGGCGGCGGCGAAGAAGACUGAAGCGGUGACGGGCACAGGCGCUGCCCUAGGGGAACAGCAGCGGGGUCGGUGGCCGCUCGCACCGCUGCGGAGGGGCCGGCCGGGUGCGGAGCUGAGCAGCUGCGCCACGGGCGGCAUUGUGUGUCCCGGAGUGCACGAGCCAGUCCCGAGAGAGCGGCGAGGCCGAGCCCAGGGCGCUGGGUGGCUUCGGCAGGGAAGACUCCCUUCCCCCGGCUUCAGGCUGCUGAGCACUGAGCGGCGCUCAGAAUGGAAGCCAUCGCCAAAUAUGACUUCAAAGCUACUGCUGACGACGAGCUGAGCUUCAAAAGGGGGGACAUCCUCAAGGUUUUAAAUGAAGAAUGUGAUCAGAACUGGUACAAGGCAGAGCUCAAUGGGAAAGAUGGCUUCAUUCCCAAGAAUUACAUAGAAAUGAAACCGCAUCCGUGGUUUUUUGGCAAAAUCCCCAGAGCCAAAGCAGAAGAAAUGCUUAGCAAACAGCGGCACGAUGGGGCCUUUCUUAUCCGAGAGAGUGAGAGUGCCCCCGGGGACUUCUCCCUCUCCGUCAAGUUUGGGAAUGACGUGCAGCACUUCAAGGUGCUCCGGGAUGGAGCUGGGAAGUACUUCCUCUGGGUGGUGAAGUUCAACUCUCUGAAUGAGCUAGUGGAUUAUCACAGAUCGACGUCCGUGUCCAGGAACCAGCAGAUCUUCCUCCGGGACAUAGAGCAGGUGCCGCAGCAGCCGACAUACGUCCAGGCCCUCUUUGACUUUGACCCCCAGGAGGAUGGCGAGCUGGGAUUCCGUCGGGGAGACUUUAUCCACGUCAUGGAUAACUCAGACCCCAACUGGUGGAAAGGGGCCUGCCACGGGCAGACCGGCAUGUUUCCCCGCAAUUACGUCACCCCCGUGAACCGGAACGUCUAAGAAUCAAGAAGAGAUUAUUUAAAGAAAGUGAAAAAUUUAAAACACAUACAAAAGAAUUAACCCCGCGAGCUGCCUUAGCUGCCCGUGAG